AUGGUCGCCGCCCAGGACUACACCGACCUGUCCAGGUCGCAGCUGGUUAUCAGCUUCUCGCUCGUUACAUCUCUGUUCUUCCUCUGGGGUCUCUCGUACGGUCUCCUCGAUGUGCUGAACCAGCACUUCCUUAAGAUCUUCCACCUGACGGAGGUGCAGACGACGCUGCUGCAGUUCGCGUACUUCGUCGCCUAUUUGGUGGUCGCCCCUCCGAUGGGCAUGCUCAUGCGACGGAUUGGCUACAAGUGGGGUAUUCACAUCGGCCUGACCCUGUUCUCCAUCGGUGCGAUCCUUUUCUGGCCGUCUGCCGUCUACCACCAAUAUGGCAUGUUCGUCGCGUUCACGUUCCUGUGCGGUUCCGGCAUGGCUACCCUUGAGACGGCCGCCAACUCGUACAUUGUCGUUCUCGGCCCGCCCAAGUUCGCCGCCUUCCGCCUGACGCUCGCUCAGUCGUUCAACGGCAUUGCGACUGUCAUUGGCCCGCUCAUCGCUUCGCGCACCUUCUUCAACGAGGACCUCGACCAGGACGGCAACCAGCUCGGCACGGUGCAGUACGUCUACCUCGCGAUGGCUCUGUUCGCCCUGUGCCUUAACAUUGGCCUCGCGUUCUGCAAGCUCCCCGAGGUCCGCCAGGCCGUCAAGCCCGAGCACGUCGAGUUCAUCAAGAAGGAGGGCUACAAGGGCAUCCUGAAGAAGUACCACACCGUCUUUGGCUUCUUCGCCGAGUUCUUCUACGUCGGUGCCCAGGUCGCUGUCGCGUCCAUGGCCAUCUUCUACAUCACCCGUCAGCCCGGCAUCAACCCGCCCAUCUCGAAUGCUCACGCCUCCGACCUCUUCUCCGUCUGCCAGGCCGUCUUCACGAUCGGCCGCUUCGUUGGCGUCGCGUACCUGCGCUACAUUGACUCGUGCUUCGCGCUCUUCGUUCACGGCUCCAUGCUCAUCCUGUUCGCGAUCCUAACCUCUUUCGUCAACGGCUACGGCGGUAUCGCGUGUCUCAACCUCAUCUUCUUCUUCGAGUCCGUCUGCUACCCCGUCAUCUUCUCGAUCGCGACCUCCAACCUCGGCCCCUACGCUACGUUCGGUGGUGGUCUGCUGUCCGCCGGUGUGUCUGGUGGAGCGGCGUGGCCCUCGGCCCAGGCCGCGCUUCUGCACCGCGUCUCGGCGCAGCGCUCGUACCUCGUCGCCAUGGCUGGUUUCGUCCCGCUCAUGACGUACGGCCUCGUCAUGUGGAUCGUCAAGUGCAAGCGCCUCGGACGCUGGACGAUCCUCAACAGGCACCUCGACGGUGCCGUGGACCACGUCCCGCACUCGUCUGACUAUGACGACCGCAUCUCCGAGCCCGAGAAGGAGGACAUUGUCAUGGAAGAGUCGAAGGACGGCAAGGUAGCCGUUGUCGAGAGGUUGUAA